AUGUCUUCCUCGACCGCAUCAAGGCGCACUUCCCACCUGCCUGAGACCUCGCUUUUUAGUCGACCCGUGCAUUCAAUGGACCCACUUCAUCGCGCUCUUCUCUCUUACGAGAAGGCCAGAGCGAUUGGACUGUCAUACAGGAUGACGCUCGACGACGUGCACAACUUGACUCCCAAAUUCUGGGACAUGCACAGUGAUCCUGCGACAGCGAUGGACCCCGCCGCUACCACCCUCCUUACCAUCCAAUACAACCUCUGCGCGGGCACGAUUGCCCUCUACAGCAAGCAUCGCCCAGAACUUGUCUCUUUAGUCGACGACCUCUUGCGGUACCGCAAGCACGGUCAAUACAUGCUCACCGAGAUCGGACACGGUCUUGACAUCAGCAAUAUCGAAACUACGGCAACUCUUCUUCCAUCGGGGGAGUUCUUGCUCCAUUCCCCUACUCCGCAGGCCUCAAAGUUCAUGCCACCCACUGUCCCUGCCGGCCAGCCCUGUAACCGCGGGCAUCGCCCAUUCAUCGUGGCAUUGAACGACGGCAAGAAAAUGUGCACCGGUGUAACGUCCAAACUUCUCCCCUUCCGCGAUGGUGCUCAGCCCGUCACUCAUUCCAUCACUACCUUCACCAACGUCCGCCUCAGCCACUCCGCUCUCCUCGGCAGCCUGGAUAUGCCCGCGAACCUUCACGACAACCUCAUGCAUAUCACCAGCCGCAUCUGCGUCGGGACGGUUGCGCUUGGUAGCAUCGCCAUCCCCUUCAUGGAGCUUACGCGACUGUCGGCACGCUCUACUCCCUCCGCCCCAGACAGGUGUAUGCCCAUCCUCACCUUCCGCACGCAGCAAAUCCCGCUCGUGGGGACCGUCGCUGAUGUGCACGUCCUCCGUGCGCUCCACCGCUCCAUCGUCCAGCAGUUCUGCUCGGAGCGGGACGCGCGUGUGCGCCGUGGCCUUGCAGCGGUCUUCAAGUCCGUUAUGGUCCAACACUCCCAGCAGGACGCGAUGGGGAUCUCUGAGCGGUGCGGCGCCCAGGGCUUGUUCGCUCACAACCAGAUAAUUGCUCUCACUGGGAUGCGCGGAGUAGCCAUCGCCGAGGGCGACAUCCUCGGGCUUGCCAUCCGUCUUGUGAACGAGCUCCUCCUCGACCGCUACCAGCUCCCUAAGCCCGCCGACCCAAACUCUCUCCUCGCCCGUCGCGAAGCUGUCCUCUUCUCCGAGCUCCGAGCUGCCGUUGCCGCCGCCGGGGGCCACCGCAGCAAGGCCGCAUCCCGCAUCGUCCUCCCCGCAUGCCAGCCGGCAGUCGAGGCCAUCGGGCACCGCAUGGCGUACGACGCCGCGGUCGCGCAGGGCGUCGAGCCCGCGCUGAUCGACCUCUACGUCGCGAACUGCGUUCGGCUUGACCCCGCGUUCUACGUGGAGCACGGCCUCGGGCGCGCGGCGCAACAGGCGCAGGCGGCGGACGCGCACGAUCGCGUGCUCCCGCUCCUCGGCGAGCUCGUGCGUGCUAUGGACGUGGCCGAGUACGUGCGCGCGCCGAUCAUCAGCGACGAGCGGUGGGGCGCGUUCGUCGAAGGGCUGACGGUGUACGAGGGCGACGCGUACGUCGACGCGUUCGACGGCCACAGUCGCACCGAGGAGCUUGAGAUGGAGUUUGCUCGCUUAUGA